CCCUCUACAGUCUAACCGUCACCGCAACCAACACGUCAGAUCUGAAAAUGUUUGUUAAGAGUUAUGGGAAAUAUUGUGGACCCACCAGGCUGAACUACGGCUGGGCUAGCAUGUCCGCCCUGGCAUGUUACAGGAAAUGUGCUGAUAUGUACUCACAAGCAUGCUACAGUUUCCUGUAUAACGACAAUACCAAAUUGUGUAUACCUGGCGGCAAGUUGUCUCCAUUACAGCCUGAGCCAACUGUACAAGAAGGUGACCUCUAUAUACUGCUGAGUGAUGACGUCUUUGAUGGGUUCAGUUCCCAAACCUUCAAUGAAACCACUGCAGUUGUCGCCCGUUUCAACGUGUUAGCCAAUUACACAGUCGCCCAAGAAACAUGUCAAUGUAUGAAGUCCUAUCUGUAUGUCCCCAAGACCAAAGACAAAUUUCAACUUCUAGAAAACUUACUUGACAACUUAAACUUCGUGAAGAACUGGAUAGGAAUGAAUGACCUAGAGACUGAGGGCCAGUAUGUCUGGACGGAUGACGGACAAGUCGUGGACAGUGGAUUAAUGAAAGAGCUCUUUGAGACGGACAAACCAGACAAUUACCAGGGGAGUGAAGAUUGUAUCAUGAUUUAUUACUCUGGAGCAUUGAGCAGACUAUUUCUGGAUGAUCUUUUCUGCUAUGAAAAAAUACCAUUUUUCUGCGAAAAGUAUUAGUAACUCUUUCUAUUAAUAACUCUUCUUAUUAGUAACCCUUUUUAUUAGUAACUCUUUCUAUUAUUAAAUCUUAUUAGUAACCCUUUUUAUUAGUAACUCUUUCUAUUAAUAACUCUUCUUAUUAGUAACCCUUUUUAUUAGUAACUCUUUCUAUUAAUAACUCUUCUUAUUAGUAACCCUUUUUAUUAGUAACUCUUUCUAUUAAUAACUCUUCUUAUUAGUAACCCUUUUUAUUAGUAACUCUUUCUAUUAAUAACUCUUCUUAUUAGCAACACCGUAUGUGUGUGUUUGUGUUGAACUAAUUCUAUUUAGGUAUUAAGGGAGGAGAGAAUUGCAGUCUCUAGAAAGCAACAUUAUUUGUUUAGAUUUGUUAAAAUAGUUUAUUAAAAUAGAAAAUGCUAUAUCUAUGCUACAAUAGUGUAAAAUGAGGUUUUCGAAGUGGGGAGAAUUUUCACUAGAGAUGACUCUUAAACAGGGUAGAGGUUAUAGUGAACAAACUAAACUAUAGCAUCAUCACAUCUGUAGACUGCUGGUUAUGCGCUUGUAAUGUCUUCACGACUGUGUCGAGUUCAAACCUUCCCAGCUGCCCUCCUGUGUGUAAUCAUGAGCUAGAAUGUGAUGUUCCUGUCUGGAGGGGAGAAACACAAACUGUUUUAUUUCGAACUUCUUUGCUUCUACUUUUUGAAAACAAAUUGCAUUGAAAUGGUUUCAGAUAUAAGCA